CGCCCCGCCCGGCCCCGCCUCCGCUGCAGUGCGCCUGCGCAGAGAGCUUCCCGGGCUCUGGCUGGACCGCGGUGGUCGCUGUCUCGGCGCGCUCCGGCGUCAUGGCUCAGCCGCCUCCCGACGUGGAGGGGGACGACUGUCUCCCUGAGUACCGCCACCUCUUCUGCCCGGACCUGCUCCGGGAUCAGGUGGCCUUCAUCACGGGUGGUGGCUCCGGGAUCGGGUUCCGGAUCGCGGAGGUUUUCAUGCGCACUCUUGAGACACAAGUUCUGUGCCCUCGGGCUGGGGUCUGCCACUCGUCCCUCACCGCGCAGAGGCCCGGCGCUAGGAGGCGCCCGCUGUGGCCCCCGGGGCCCCUGCUUUUCGUAUGUCAGAGCUUUCGGGACUCCUCUGUCCCUGGGCCGCCGUCCGUCCAGCAGAUGGUUCUGUGCGUGGCCACCGCACUCAGGCUGCUCCAGAGUUGGGUGGGACGGCAUGGCUGCCACACAGUCAUCGCCAGCAGGAGCCUGCCGAGAGUGUUGACGGCUGCCAAGAAGCUGGCCGCUGCCACCGGCCGGCGCUGCUUGCCUCUGUCUGUGGACGUCCGAGAUGCCCCAGGCGUCAUGGCUGCCGUGGACCAGGCUCUGCAAGAGUUUGGCAAAGUCGACAUUCUCGUUAACUGCGCAGCCGGAAACUUCCUGUGCCCCGCCGGCGCGCUGUCCUUCAACGCCUUUAAGACCGUCAUCGACAUCGACACCAUCGGCACCUUCAACGUGUCUCGCGUGCUCUACGAGAAGGUCUUCCAGGUGGGUGUUCUCCAGGCGGGUGUCCUGGUGGGGCCUCUGCUGGCCGUCUCCAGGCGGGUGUCCUCCUGGCGGGGCCCCCGCUGGCCGUCUCCAGGCGGGUGUCCUGGUGGGGCCUCUGCUGGCCGUCUCCAGGCGGGUGUCCUCCUGGCGGGGCCCCCGCUGGCCGUCUCCAGGCGGGUGUCCUCCUGGCGGGGCCCCCGCUGGCCGUCUCCAGGUGGGGGUGUCCUCCUGGCGGGGCCCCCGCUGGCCGCCGACUCACCACCUCAUCCCCGUGCCUUGCAGAACCGCGGUGGGGUGAUCGUGAACAUCACCGCGACCCUGGGUCUGCGGGGGCAGGUGCUCCAGGUGCACGCAGGCUCUGCGAAGGCGGCUGUGGAUGCCAUGACACGGCACUUGGCGGUGGAGUGGGGGCCCCGGCACGUCCGCGUAAACAGCCUCGCCCCAGGCCCCAUCAGCGGCACAGAGGGGUUACGGCGACUUGGCGGGCCCCAGGCCGGCAGGAGCACCAGCGUCCCUGCGAUCCCGCUGCAGCGGCUGGGGAACAAGACGGAGGUGGCCCACAGCGCGCUAUACCUGGCCAGUUCCCUGUCGUCCUAUGUGACCGGAGCCAUGCUGGUGGUGGACGGCGGGGCAUGGCUGACGCUGCCAAACCAGGCCAGGGGGCAGGUGGACUCUGCACCGCUCGCUAAGCUCUAGGUGAGGCAGCAGAAGGCGGUGGCUCAGGCGUGUGGCCCGGACGCCCUCACGGAAGGAGACCCAGACAGAGCGCCCGGCUCCCGGCUCCAGCCUGGCUCUGCGGGCACUGAGGGAGCACACUGGCCUUGGAGGUACCUGUCAUUGAAAUAAACAAUCACUGCUGAGCACAUCA